AUGCUACGAGCAUCUACCGAGAUCGACUCGAAUGGCGCUGAUAACGACAACGUGGCAUCAGCUAACCCUGGGAUGAUUCCAUCUGACGCCGUGGACAGCGAUUCCGUCGGAUUCUUGACGGCGUCCGUCUCCCUGCCAGGUUCCGACAACGUCAUCGCCGCAUUGGCCCUUCCGCGCAGAAAGGGAUCUCUGGUAUCCGUCAUCGACGACCCUACCGAUACAUCCGCGUCUGAUGCUGCCGCUGUUGCUGACCUCAGUGCUGCGACAGCGGUGACCUUCGAUGGCCCUACGGAUAACACCGCCUCUGUCGGCGCAUCUUCGUCUGCUGCUGUUAUCGUUGAAGAUCUGAGCGACAACACCGCGUCUGUUGCGACGACGGUGAUCAUCGACGACCCCACAGAUAACACCGCGUCCGCUGUCGCAUCUUCUGCGACUGUCGUCAACAACCCCACUGAUAACACGGCCUCUGCUGGGACUGGCGAUGCCGCACGGGAGGAGACCACGACGACAGCGCACGUCUCCCUUCCCGGUUCAGACAACAAGAUUUAUGCAUAUCACGUGCCUGCUCGUCGGGAAGGCAUGCUGGUUUUCGUGAACGGCGAGGGCAGCAAUUGA